AGUUGUAUGCAGACACGAGGAACGGAGACGAAAUGGAAAACACUAUAGCUGCAAUCCAGAAGCAAUUGAACUUACUGCCCAGGAUCCGUUGGAGGAUGUUGACUCCUUGGGUUAUCCCAAGCAACCUGAAACUGUGAUGGAGGGUGGCAUGGUUUUGGUUAACACUUUUGAAGAGAAUUUCGGUGACUCAUUUGAUUCUGGUAAAGGUGUCUGGAGUAAACUCAGUAAAACAGUUGCAGAAAAUUUAUCCCGAAGUGUUGUCUCACUUGCUUCAUACAAUGGGCAUGAAGGGAAAACAAGGUUUUUCGCUUGUUCAGGCGUGAUUAUAGAAUGGAAGGGGUGCAGCACUAUUCUCACUUCAGCCAGCUUGGUUAGAAAUCGUUUUGAUGAAAAGAAGAUUGAAGAAAACCUCAAGAUUGAUGUGCUGCUUCCAAACAAACUACGCACCGAAGGGACACUGGAACAUUAUAACUUGCAUUAUAAUGUUGCUAUUGUCAGUUUCAAGGGUUUCGGCGAUCAUUCUACUGCAAAUAUUCAUGAUCGGGGGGCCAUUCGAUCUUCACGAGUAGUAGCAGUAGGGCGUUGCUUUGAAUCAAGCAUGUUAAUGGCCACAGGAGGGAUAUGCACUAGUUGUCUGAGCAGAUUUGAUUGCUAUGCUAUUCGAUAUUCCACUUGUAUUUGAUUGCAGAUACGGACACUUAUAUUUGGGGAACUCAUCUGCCUAAUCUAGAUAUCAUCAUUCCACUCUGUUGAAU